AUGUGUCAGAUGAUACUAGCACAAACAUCAACCACAUUAACUGUUUAUCAUCAAAAAGAUGGUCAAUACAUCAAACGCGGUGAAAUUGUAGGGCUUCCUGGUACACCAGAAUACAUUCCUUCUAAAAAUGAAGUUGUUGAUUUUAAGAAAAAGCGAGAUUAUUUGUAUCAAGUUAAGGUGCGAGAUGAAAGAACAGGCAAAAUUCACUUGCAAUCAACAAGAAUGUGCCAGAUGGUAGCAGGCAAUUGGAGCGAUGAAUUUAUUUUGCACUUAGAUGACAACAAUCAUUUCUAUCAUUUCGACUAUUAUGCAGGAUCAAACGCAUGUCCUGACAUUGAGUAUCCUGUGCAAACACAACCAUUCUCUUCGACUAUUCGUGUUGCCAAAGCUGUUCCUGGUCCCAAGCCUUUAGUAGGUAACUUUGCUCAACAAAAGCCUCAGCAAGCCAAAUCAAAGAAACCUGUGGCCCAAGUCAAUGAUGAAAUUCCAGAGAAUAAGGAGAUUGAAGAAAAGACUUUCUUUCAAAAGUACUGGUAUUUGAUUUUGGGUGGUGCCAUGUUAUUGAUGAGUGCCUCAGGUGCACCACCUGAAGGAAAUGCUCCUGCUAGAAGAUAA